AUGAAGCUCGCGGAAAUGGAACAGGAGAAGGAGAAUCCAAUCUACCACUCCCGAACUUCCAGGAUUCAAAAAUGGAUGGAAUUGGUGAAACGUGCUCAACAGGAUCUGGAAAUGCCGUUGGAUCCCCCAAAGCGAUUAAUGCCUGGCAACGUGGUCCUCUUCCAGACUCCCGUGAAGAAUAGCCAGAUUGAAGUCGGCCUCCUGAUGACUGUUUGGAAGGGGCUGAAAAGCCCCAAGCCUCACGCAGGAGAAGUGCCUGUGCAGUCUUGUGUGGCCUUCAGGGCAGUGCAGCUUAGCCCAUCAGACGACUUGGGCAAGGAGUGGGAGGCAGAUUGGCAUUCAGCUGCCUGGGUGGUGCGCCUGGAAGGUCUCAUCACAAUCUUGGACGUUGAAGAAAGUGUUCAGCCAUCUGUAAACUCUGGCAAGAUGAAGGUUCGCCUCAGCGAGGUCAGUGCAGAUGCAUUGAGCAGAUGCGAAAGCAUCCAGACAUGGGCAGUUGGUCCAACGAUGAGACGGGGGCAAGGUGGGAUGGCCACAGACUUGCGCCUGGCAUCCACCACUUCAAAGCCCGUGGAGGUGAAGAAGACUGUGCCUGGUAACAAGUUUGCCAAGAAAAAGUUGCAGGGCAAGAAGGGUAAAGGUGACCAGUCCACAAAGAAUGCUGAAGAGUCUCACUUGGACUUGAUCAGUGACAAAGAUGUCACCUAUGCACGCAGCGCAGCUGGUCGCAAGUUGAUCCGUGAAGAGCUUCGAAUGGUCCUCAAACAUGAUGCCGACUUGUAUCCCGACAGCAGGAUGUUUGACACCAGCGGCUUUUGCAGAAUGAAGAACGAGGAGGCAAAAGUCACGACGAUGCAGGAGAUCCUGGAGAAUGUCGGAGAAUGCAUGGAGUUCUUGUUCAAGAACUUGAAGAGCCUGGCGGCAUACCAGAAGGCAGUGGCAAGGCUUUUUCAGUCGAUUUGGUCCCAGCUGAAUAGUCAGCCUCCUGUGCGGCAAUGCCUGUUGAAGUUCCUGAAGGACGUGAUUUCCUUUGUCCGAAGCAAGAAAAGUGCUCCGGCAGAGGUCCGACAACUUCGGCGACAAUUGGAGGACAAUUGGGAGCUGCAAGGCGUUGUGCUGGGGGCCCAGUGGGGAGAUGAAGGCAAGGGCAAGCUCGUGGACAUCCUGGCGCAGGACGUUCAGGUAUGUGCACGAUUUAAUGGAGGUGCAAAUGCAGGGCACACUUUGUUGGUAGAUGGGAAAAAAUAUGCAUUUCAUUUGCUCCCGUGUGGGAUGAUCAACAAGGCUUGCAAGAAUCUCAUUGGCAAUGGCGUUGUAGUGCACAUACCAACAUUGAUGAAAGAACUCGACGCACUCAAGGAAUUUGAUCCACAAGCUUUGGAGAGAGUGUUUAUUUCUACACGUGCCCACAUCCUCCUCGACAGCCAUCAGACUAUAGAUGGAAUACUGGAGGCUGAACAAGGCUCCAACUCUAUUGGAACCACGAAACGCGGAAUUGGCCCUUGCUAUUCGUCAAAGGCAAUCCGUAAUGGAGUCCGCUUCGGAGAUCUGCUGCAUUUUUCAGAGUUCGAGCGAAAAUUGAGGGAACUCACUGCAUGGUCCCAGAAACGCUACAGCCAUCCUCGGGAGAAGGACUCAGCAGCACAACUGCAGCUGCGGAAAGCUUUGGGAGAGUACAAUACGCAGUCUGCAUUUGAUCCUGAACACGGUCAGAAGGGUGGGGUGAAGAAUUUGGAGGAGGAGAUUGAACGCUAUAGGAAGUAUUCAGAGCUCUUGCGGACACAGAUUGUGGACUCGGUGACGUUCUUGCAUCAAGAUGUAUCACUUGGAUCCAAGGUGUUAGUUGAGGGUGCCAACGCUGCACUCCUCGAUGUCGACUUUGGUACUUAUCCCUUUGUCACUUCUUCCAACACGACAGUUGGAAGUGUUUGCACUGGACUUGGCGUGCCACCAAAACUGGUAGACACAGUGAUUGGAGUGGUGAAGGCCUACACCACACGAGUUGGACACGGGCCUUUCCCGACGGAGUUGCAGAAUGAAAUGCAGUCCUUGGAGGACUUUGAUGAGACAUACAUAGGGCCAGAGGCCACCUUCGAACGCAAGGGGCAUACAGGUGGGCCUUUCAAGUGCACCCCUGGUCAGCCUGUCAAGGUUGGGAUGAUGCUGCAGGAAGUUGGUGCCGAGUAUGGCACAACGACCGGGCGGAGAAGAAGAUGUGGUUGGUUGGAUUUGGCCUUGGUAAAAUACUCGGCGCUGGUGAAUGGAUUUGACAGCCUGAACAUCACGAAGCUUGAUGUCCUCACUGGGCUGAAGCAGAUUCGGGUUGCAAUAGCUUACAGGAAUCGACAAAUGACCGAAGUGCGCCUUCCGAAUGGAUAUUUCCCAUCACACUUGGAUGAUCUCAAGGAGGUGGUUUGUGAGUAUGAAACCCUGCAAGGGUGGGCAGAAGACAUAUCCAAAUGUGCAAGUUGGGAAGAGCUGCCUGAAAAUGCCAAGAAGUACGUUGUGAGGAUUGAAGAGCUACUGGGCAUUCCUGUCUCCUGGGUAGGAGUUGGUCCAGACCGCAAUAGCAUGCUGAAGGUUCCAAAACGAAGGCUGGGUCUCAUGACAACUCGCUCGGAAUCGAGCCUUGUGCCAAAGCUCCCGGGAUCAUGA